UGGAGAGACGACAGGAAAUCUUGACUGGGAUGUAAUGGAGUAGGACCACUGGAAAGCUCGGGCGAAAGGGGGGAGACAUAUUUCUAUUUUAUAAUGUUCCCGUGAUAAUGUUGUGAUUUGAUUAGUGUACGCUAUGAAUCCGUCGUUCGAGGAAAACGGAGAAUUAAGCUAGCAUUCCAGGUGUGAAUGACUUGUGGCUGUAGGGUGUCGUGAGUGGGCCAUCCAGGUUCCUGCACAGCCUCCGUGGCUGACUGGGAGGAGUCGAGGGGAGCAGACAUCAGUGCCCAGGGGACCUGAGGCCUGGUUCUCCAUAUGAGGCCCUGCUGAAAGGGCAGGGGGGCUUCUGAGUGUGCCCAAGGGCCGCUGAAAGCCCCCUUGGGGGAGUUUCAUAAAUACACAGCGAACAAGAAAAGACUCCUGGACUCUUGUUAUUGUUUUUACACACUUUCUCUCGCAUUACACACACAUACACACACGCACACAAACAUACAGAGACGAGCGCACACACACCUUCACAGACAAGGACAUAGAGAGAAUGUUGGAGGUCCAAGAGGAGAGGCCAGCGGCGGCAGGUACAGCAGCGACACAUUUCAACAAGAAGGAGCGAGGCAAGAAAGAGCGAGAGGAGGCCAAGGACGGUCGUGGAAACCUCUCAAACAUCGGGAAUCCUGUUCCUGGCUCCAGGAACGUGCGCGCAAAGGCGCCGCUCGCACACACCGGCAGUCCACACCAGCUCAUCACUCCACCCUGUUCUGUAGUCCUGGGAGCCCCAUCAAUGCACUCCAAUAGGCUGAAGAACUCCCCGUCCACCAACACGCAGAGCCCUAAACCUAAGACGGAGGCCAUGGUACGCUCACCUCCCGUCAUGUCCCCCUCCACUGCCACCCAGAUGGACUCUAAAAUGCCCAAUCAGAGUAAACCAGGGAGCACUGGUAGCCAAUCACAGCCCUCCCCCUGCGACCCCAAAACCCUUGGCUCCAAAGGGCCGCAGAAUGUGUCGGGGGGCAUGGGGCUGAAGAACGGCCAGGGCCUGACCUCUGGCUCCAGCUCCAAGGUUAAAGUCAAGAGGGAGAGGAGCACCUCGGUGGAGUCGUUCGAUCAGCCGGAGAGCGGAACGCCCACGAGUGAGGAGAAAGACAGCAGCAGGGUGAAGAGGAUGUGUGUGGCGGAGAGGAGGCAGCCGUACAGUGGAGCUGACUGGUGCUCUGGGGGAGAAAGUGACGAAGAUGACAAAGGAUUCUUCAACUGUAACUCCAGUGACGUGAAGCCCCAGGACUCCGUCUCACAUUCGACCUCCAACGCCGGACUCAGUCGCUCCUCCACGCCUUCCCACAAUACAAUGGGAGGCCAGAGCUCCACAACAGAACCUGCCGGCGGCCAGAAACCGGCCACAAAACUUGUUUAUGUCUUCACCACAGAGAUGGCCAACAAAGCGGCUGAUGCAGUUCGAACUGGCCAUACAGAAAACAUCAUUGCCUUCCACAUGAAAAACAUCUCCAACAGCAAGGACAAAGCUCACCUUCUGAACAAUGCAGCAAGCGCCCUCCGAAAUGACUCCAAGCCUCCCCAGCAGCCCCCGUCCCAUGCCCAAGAUCAGAGCCACCAGCCUGGAUCCAAGCCGUCCUUACCUGGCAUGGCAGAGCCAGCCCCCCCCCAGCCUUCAAACCAAGGGAGCCAAUCCGGUGUUCUCACGCAGGAAGGGCCGUCCUCUGCAGGCAUGGAAUCCAAAAAUCUUCCCUGCAGUAGCCCCAGUAACGCUAUAGCUCCAGUCGACCAGGCCCCCGUCACCCAACCUGAGGCAGGCCUCAACCCUCCACCAGUAGGUGAAGGAGGGCAGGGUGGAGGUUCUGGUGGAGGUGCUGGUGGAGGUGCUGGUGGAGGUGCUGGUGGAGGUUCUGGUGGAGGUUCUGGUGGAGCAGGUCUGACGCCCCAGCAGCAGCAGCAGCAACAGCAGCUGGCCCAGGAGCUGUUGAACAUGGAGGCCAACACAGAGGGUCUGUCCCAAGAACAGUUGGAGCAUCGCCAGCGCUCCCUGCAGACCCUGCGCGAUAUUCAGCGCAUGCUCUUCCCCGAUGACCGUGAUGCCCCAGCAGGUGGGCCCCCACAAUCCCAUCCAGGACCCCAUGAUGGAGGCCCUGACGGUGCCCCGCGUAGAUCUGAGCAAGGCCCUCUGCAGGCUAUGAUGGCGCAGUCUCAGAGCCUCGGACCACCAGGUGGGCCAGGAGGACCCAGACCCCAAGGUCCCCCCUUUGGCCCACCACAUGGUCCACCCCAUGGUCCCAGGGACAUGCCCCCCUUCCCACAGGAUGACAUGGGUCCACACAUGGGGGGUCCAGUGGGCUGUGGAGACGGGGAUCAGAUGACCCCAGAACAGGUGGCCUGGUUAAAGCUACAGCAAGAGUUUUAUGAAGAGAAAAGGAAGAAACAAGAAAUGCAACACCGGCCCCUUCCUCCAGACAUGAUGAUGCACCCCCAUGGUCCCCGUGGGAUGAUGCGAGGACCCCCGCCUCCCUACCAGAUGGGCCCUGGGGAGAUGUGGGGAGGACCAGGUGGACCACCGGAGCACUACCAGGAGCGCAUGGGCAUGGGCCCUGGUCCUGGCCCCGGCCCCAGGGGUAUGCCCCCACAUAUGCAGAGGAUGCCUGGCUUUUCUGGUAUGAUGAACCCUGAGAUGGACGGACCCCCCAGGCCUGGAAUGGGUUGGCCUGACGACAUGCCACCCCGGAUGGGAGAUUCACGAGGUUUCCCUGGAGGACCCGGGCCAAUGUUUGCUGGUCCAGGGGGUCGUGGUGAACGUUUCCCAAAUCCUCAGUCAGUUCAAGAGGCAAUGUUUCACCAAGGUAUGGGGGGGGAGAAGGGCCUCCCUCCAGGCAUGAUGAUGGACAUGCAGAGAAUGAUGGGGCACCAAAGAGGUGGUAUGGAACCUGGUAAUGGCAUGGGCAUGUUUCCCAGAAUGCCCGGGGAUGGUCCUAUGAGUCCAUCCUCUAGGCUCCAGGGAAUGGGGGGAAGGGAAAUGGGGCCUGAGUUUGGCAUGGGGCCCGGCCCUGGGCCAGGACCUCAUAUGCACCCUUCCAAGCUACGAGAUCCCUCCAUGAAUAUGAGUCCUGAUGAGAUCAUGAGAAUGAGAGGAGGACCUCCAAUGGAGAACAUGGGUCCACAUGGCCGACCAAUGCCGGGCCCUCCCUUCUCCGAGCAGCAAGGAGACUUUCCUAUGGGGCCUGGGCGGCCCUUCCCCGGGGGUCCAGGAGGAAUGAGGGGUCCACAUACAGACCCAGGCUUUGGUCCAGACCACAGAUCUGCACCAACAGGAGGCAAUGGCCGUAUGAACCACCUCCCCCCUGGUGGUGGCCCUUCACAAGGUCAGAGGGGCCGCAAGCCAGCAGAUCUGAAUGUCCAAGCAGGAGGGGGGAGCUCUCCAAGUAUCAACCCUCUUAAGUCCCCUCCUUUGAGGCAAGUACAGUCCCCCAUGAUGGGCUCUCCCUCUGGAAACCUUAAAUCCCCCCAGACUCCGUCCCAGCUGGCUGGCAUGCUCACUGGUCCCACCGGCCCGAAUGCCCCUCCACCUCAACAAAAUUCAGCACCAAUGAAAUCCCCCCACUCCAUGAUGGGAUCAGCUGGUGCCUCUCCUGUUCAUAUGAGGUCUCCGUCUCUUCCUAACCCCUCUCCAGGAUGGGCAUCCUCACCAAAACCACCCAUGCAGAGUCCUGGAGUCCAGCCUCAGGGGGGUAAGCCUCCCCUGAAUAUCACCUCACCAAACAUGAUGGGAGGCAUGGAUCAAGGUGGUAACGGCCCUCCCUCAGCCCCUCCUUCAUCAGGGGCUCCACCUGGCUCCAUGUCACAUCCAGGCAACGUCCCGUCUGGCAGUCCGUACAACAUACCCCCUGAGCCAACUCUAUCCCAGAACCCCCUCUCCAUCAUGAUGUCACGCAUGUCCAAGUUUGCAAUGCCCAGCUCCACCCCGCUCUAUCAUGACGCCAUAAAGACUGUUGCCAGCUCUGAUGACGACUCGCCCCCGGCUCGCUCACCUAACCUGCCGUCAGUGAACAACAAUGGUAUGGUAAUGAAUCACCAAGGAAAUCCUCGUAUGAUGGGACCAGGAAACCCUGGACCAAUGUCUGCCCUCAGUCCUCUGGGAAUGAAUCCAAUGGGAUCCCAGCCUCUCUCACAUGGCAUGCCCCAACAGAUGCCCUCUCCCAAUGCCCCUAAUAUGGGCCCAGGCAUGAUGCCUCAUGGCAUGAUGAUGCCACAAAAUCCCCAAGACCCCGGUAUGGGAAACCCCCAAAUGAUGCCCCAAGGACGUAUGGGUUAUCCUCACCGAGGCCAGGGCUACCCCCUCACGCAGUCCCCUUCCCAUCAGGGACCUUUCUCCCCGCACAACGGUCCUGGUCCACAAGGUUUUCCUGGCCAUCCAAUGGGAUUCCAGGGAGAUGGAGGACCUAUGGGAGGACGAAUGGGGAACAUGUCUCACGGGGGAGGGGGUGAUGGGGGUAUGUGCAAGCCGAAUAACCCUGGAGGGCCAGAGUUUAGCAGCAUGCAGGGUGGGUUCAGUGAAGCAGAUCUUCAUGAGGUGAUGCGGCCGGGAGCGUCCGGCAUUCCUGAGUUUGACCUGUCCAGGAUAAUGCCGUCAGAGAAGCCCAGCCAGACUCUGUCUUACUUCCCCCGAGGUGGGGGAGACAACCCUGGGGGGAAACAACCACACCCCUCUGGUUUCCCCAUGCAGGGCAUGAUGGGUGGUGGCCCACCGAGGAUGGGGAUGUCCAUGCAGGGGAUGGGGGGGAUGCCAGGAGGUCCUGACGGCGUAAUGGGCCCCCAAGACAUGCCAAUGGGCAACCCUGGACACAACGCAAUGCGGCCUCCAGGAUUCAUGGGCCAAGGCAUGAUGGGCCCCCAGCACCGGAUGAUGUCUCCUGGGGGUCCAGGAGGGAUGAUGCAGGGGAGACAAAUGGCCCACCCCGGCCCUGGUGGCUCACCUAACAUGAUGAUGUCACUGCAGGGCAUGGGCGGCCCCCCACAGCAGACAAUGAUGAUGGGGGGCCAGAUGAGGCCUCGUGACAUGGACAUGGGGUUCAGUCCGGGCCCCGGAAUGUUCUAAUCCAACAGAAACCUUGUAUGUAGAAUGUUCUUGGACAAAACACAAGGAUGUGGAGAAAACUCUGAUGGACUCAAGUAAAGGUAUAAAAGGAGACAGGAUGUACCGAGAAGCGAACAGAACGGAGCUAACCGGUCUCCUAGUAACCUCCUGUGGGAACUAUUCCAAGGUAGACUCAAACAGGAUUGGAGUACUUUUGCCACAAGAACAUUGAAUUUUAACUCAUGAACUUUAACUCAUGAACUUAAGAAUGUAUGGGAUUGUUGUGCAUCAAUUUCGCAAUGUUCUUGUGUUUUUUGAUUAUCUGACUAUAAAGAUGACUUUCAACAUCAAAUGGAAUCAACCUAACUCAAAGUCAGCGUGGCAAUGCUACAGUAUAUGUCUACUUUUUUCAAAUUUAAAAAAAACAAAUUUGUCACGAAAGUGGUAUGGAACAAGAGAAAGGAAUAAGAAGAAUUUGUGCUUUGUGAAGACUUUAGUGGAACUCCAUCUUGUCUCUCGCUCCAUUGUUUUGACUGUUUCUGUACAGUAUAUACGUGUGCGUGUGCGUGCUUGACAGACUGUAUGUUUGUGUGGUAUGUAUGUAUGUGUCUGUAUGUAUAGGCAUUCUAUCAGUGACCUCUCAACUCCUCUUGCCCAACUUUCAUUGGGGGAGGAAUGCCCCCUAAAAAUACUGUACUGUUUACCAUUGGUGGGCUAUUCGAAUUUUAGUCUAUUUUAAUUUCCUUUGUAACUCCAGUGUAUAACAAACCAAACUAUGACCUCAUUAAGAUAAUAGUAUUAUUAAAAAAGCACAAACAUGGACCGUCUGCAGAAAGCGUCUUCUUUCUUUGUUUUUACCAUUGAGAGCAACACAUUAAGCGUGAGGAUCCUGGCAGCUUUGCAGCACAAUGAUAAUCCCCAGUCCAUUUCAAAUUGUUGAUGACAUUUGACUUGGUGCUCCAAAACUUUCAGGACUCAACUUUCGCCAGCGUGAAUAAUACUGCUAAUACCCAGAUGUGCUAUGUGUGUUCUUCUUGUCCCUGUUGUGUCUCUGUUUCGUUUCGACUCUUGUUGACUCUGGGUAAUAAUCAUUCCCAAAGCAAUAAUCCCCCCUAAAGGUCAGCAGAAUGGGACAUGAGUGGCUGAAUACCACAGCAGGUAUGCCAGGUAUUAUAGAACUAGAGCUAGGUAGAUCUGGUAAAAAUGUAGUGAGGCGGGUGUGGUGUCCAGAGUGAGACACAGAACUGUAAACACGUACUGCUUACCAUCCAGUUGACUUCCUCUCUUUUUCUCUAUUGUAUAAGCUUGUCAUGUGUUUCUCCAUUGGCUUUGGUGCAGAAUAGCCUACCAGGGCUGUGGUGAUGGACUACAAAUAAAAGAUAUUGUUUUGGUAUAUACA